GACUGGCUUAAAGUUAGAUUGUUGAACUGCAAGUCUACAGUGAUGAUGAUCUGCUCGGGCUUCAAGAACUUUGCGUUCACAGUGCUGCUGCUGAAGACCUGUUACGCGUUUUCAAAAUUUCGUCAUGAAGCUUCCUAUACUCUCAGCUGCUUCUUCAAUGAAACAGCUCAGGUACAGUUUAGUCUUGAUGGUGACGAGUAUUUUUACAUUGAUUCACAAAAAGAAGAGAUUGUCUUCAUUGUGCCAGACUUUAUCACUCACGAUCCAACUUUACUGUUAACGGGUCAUCGUAUUCUAAGAACUGCAAAAUACCAAAGCAAGUACUGCAAAGCAGUUAUGGAACUUAUAGCAAAAGAAGAAGAACAUCCACUGCCAGAGAAAGACCCUCCUGAGACGAUCGUCUACCCUGAAGAAGAGGUUGAGCUGGGAGUUGAAAACAGGCUCAUUUGUUUUGUGAAUCACUUUUACCCACCUUCCAUCAAAGUCAGCUGGACGAAAAAUGGUCAUCUGGUGUCAGACGGGGUGUCCAUUGGUCAAUACCAUCCAAAUAACGACCAAACCUUCCACCAGACUUCAACCUUGACAUUCACACCAAGAGAUGGUGAUGUUUAUGGCUGCAAAGUGGAACACACAGCCCUGGACAGUCCGAAAACAAAGAUCUGGGAAUGUAAUUUGAGUCGUGCCAGUCCUGAAGUUGGACCUGAUGUAUUCUGUGGAGUUGGCUUGCUUCUGGGCUUGCUGGGGAUCUCAGCCGGAACAUUUUUAUUUGUCAAGGCACAACAUCAGCAGAAAUAAUUAACCACGUGUGUACAGUCAGCAGCAGGGGCGUCAGACUGGGGGGUAAAGGGUACUAUGUACCCAGGGCCCAGAGCAUGGGGGGGCCCACAAAAAACUGGCAUUAAAUACAUUUU